AUGGCGGGUGGCUGGCGGGUCGUGGCCGGGGUGCGCAUCGACCCGGCCGAGCUGUGCUUCAGGGAUGCGCUGCCGGGAAACUGCUACCGCGCCGCGCUCAGGGUCCAGAACCAGCGGCUGGAGAGCUGUCGUCUCCAGCUGCUACCGCCGCGCCGGCCCCAGUUUAAAUUGAUUGUGGAAAAUCCGGAAAAACCUGUUGCACCUGGACUUCUAGUUACAGCUUAUGUGGAAUAUUAUCCUAAGAGUAAAGAAGAUCUUCAAGAUAAACUACUUCUUUUAAUAGAAGAUGAGAUAGUUGAUAUCCCCCUGCUUGGAUUGAUUCCGUGCUGUUGCCUGGAAAUUGAGUCAGAGAUUAAUUUUGGUACAGUGAUUGCAAACAGUAAAGUAAUUAGUAAAGAGAUUAGUAUUGCUAACCAUGGAUCAUCUUCAGGUACAUUUAAAGUAUCAUAUAGUGGGGCUGUCCUGCUUAACAUAGAACCUAUCAGAGGAGUGGUAGAGCCAAAAUCUAGGAAGACAGUUAAAGUGGAUAUCUGCACAGAUGUACCCAGAAUCAUCAAGGAAGUAAUACAAGUGGAGUUGGAAGGUCAUGGCUGCACUGAGGUAUGGAUCAAAGCUGUUGUGGUUAAACAAGUUCUUAAAGUUCUAGGAGUGUCUUGUGGAAAUAUAUUGAAAUGCAUUAACUUUGGACCAGUUUACUUUGGGUCUUCAAAGACUGAACAAAUAUCUUUAUACAAUGAAAGUCCUGAGUGUAUGGACUGGGUAGCAGUACUGGAAGACAAUGCCAUCGGAGGAGAGAUGGGAACAGAUCUUCAGAGGAGUACAGAUGCUACUUUACAAGACUUAAGCCUCAAGAAUAGAAAAAAAGAAGUAGAUGUUUCCACCUUGAUCUUGUGCAUUCCUAAUCAAGGCACCUUGCUACCUUAUGGGAAGUCUUUGGUUACAUUGUGCUUUACUCCAAAAAAAUUUCAAAGAGAGUUUGGAGUGCUUGACUCAUCACCAAAACAAGAUUAUGUACUGUUUCUGAGAUUUGAGGAUGUUGGAAAUAAAGAUGUCUGUGUGCAGGCCCUCAAUGAUGGUGAUACAGCAAUCAAAGUGAAUCAUCCUCAUGACAUGGACUUAGCUUUGACAGGUUCUGGGCUUCCUGUCAUGUUAACUUUUAAUCCAGGACCAGUUAUUAACUUUUCGGACUGUUUCAUGGGUGAACAAACACAAGUUCUGUGCACACUCAAAAAUGAGUCUGAGUCCCUUCCAGUAACAUUCAGCUUCCGCAAGACUGCUCACUUUAAUAUUUCUCCUGAAAAAGGAAAAAUUGCAAAAAAAUCUGCAAAGGAUGUGAUGUUUUCAUUUAAUCCACAUCAAAUAGGAACAUUUAAAGUGAAGCAAGUUGUUGAUAUAAUUGGUAUGGCCUUCGAGAAGAAUAAUUUUCAGGUUCUGAAGACAAAAUCCUUUCACCAAAUAUAUUUGAGCUUUAAUGGUGUGUGCAAAUCUAAACGAAAAAACAUUCUAUUCAAAAUUAAUCCUGGUAUAACACCAAUCAUUUCCAAUGCAACUGGACAGUUUGUAGCUCAUGACACAAGACAGUGCACUGAUACAGCAGCUGUGGCAAUACUUAAAUCAACCCAAACACAAAUUCAUACUCACCGGAUAAACAGGAAUUGUAAGGGUGAUGCACUUACAGCUUUUCCUAAUGAUCGGGCAGCCAGCAUUAGACCUAGUGAACGGAAUAAAAAGUACAGGACUAUUUUCACAAAGACUGAAAGAUAUAAUUAUAUAGAUCCAGAGUUUUCUUAUACUGACUAUGAACGACUGUUAAAAGAAGCACAUAAGGGAUACUAUGCAGACUUCAUUUCUAGUUUAAGACAGUGUCGUUUACUGAAAGAUACCACUAGGCAGUUUUAUAUUUAUAAUAAUUCUGUAAACAUAGGCCUUAAACCAGCUGAAGGGCUUAUGUCACCGAAGGUGUCAAUCACAGAUAUUCACAAGGAGAAGACAGAGUUCAAAAUGCUUCCUUUAGAUGAGAAUUGCCUAUUAACUAGUCAAAAAACAUCACCAACUGGUUUUAAAUCUUCAGUCAAAGAUACUUGGAGAGGGCUUAAUGCUAUGCCAUCUUCUACCCAAGAAAAGGAAGAUUGUAGUCUAACUUUGACAUCAAAGCAGCUUCAUCAAAUACUCAUAGGUCCUUCUACUAUGGAUUUUGGUGAUGUUUGUGUGCAUUCUACAACAUUCAGGAAACUGCACAUCAUCAAUAACUUGUUAGUUCAUAUAUGGGUACAAAUUGAUAUUGAAAUCGAUGAAUUACAGAAGUCAAGGCCAUUGUCUCAGGUGGUGCCUCCUCUUACAAAGACUCAUGUUCCAAUUGCAUUUGAGACAAAGACUCUUGGAAUGUUUAAAAAAUCUUUCACUUACACAAUAAACAACCAACAUCUUGGGCAUGUGCUGGUAAUUGCAAAAGCAGUGUCUGUUGAACUUGAGCUGUCUGCAAGAGAAGUGAUCUUAAAUCCUAAUCCUGGCUACCUAGCAGAGGCAGAAUUUAGAGCAACUGUCAGGGUGUACAAUCCCAGAAACCAUCCUGCUAAGUUUACUUGGAAACCUGUAAUGAAAAAUAUAAAAACUGCAUUUUCUGUACAGCCAGCCAAAGGCUUUGUGGAGGCCUAUAGAGAUCUGGAGUGUGAAGUUACUUGGCAUCCAGGGUACAGCUCUCCAGAAGCAGGAGAAUUCAAGUUGUGUGUGCAUAAAGGAAACACAAUUACAUUGAAAUGUUUUGCAAAGCUUGGUGCUACUAAAGUUCAGCUUGUGGAACAAAGGAUACCCUUCAGUCAUAGUCCAAUGGGCUUAUCUACUUGUAAGACAGCUACUCUUCGAAACAUAGGAUGCAAUCAUGCGUACUUCCAAGUUCUUGAUUCAAACCCACUGCCUGGAAUGACGAUUUCCCCUUCUGAAGGGGUGGUACCUGUGGGAGGCUAUGCUGAUCUCAAAAUCUGUUUUAAUGCCACUGCAAAAAUGAAUUUUGAUACAAAAGUGGAGGUAGCAGUGCGAAAUUCAGAAAAACUAAUGCUUAGGAUUGGUGGAUUUGUAGAGGUCCCCGAAAUAAACAUUGAUGUGCAGCAGUUUGACUUUGAUGGUGUUUAUGUUGGUGCUACAAAAUCAAUUCCCUUUUUGCUGCAGAACAAGGGACAUGCGUGUACCAGAGUGGAGUUUGACUUCCAUAAAUAUAAGGAUUUUGAAUUGAAUGCUAAUGAUGAAUCAGUGUUUGACAGCUGUUCUUCAACGCCUUAUACGUAUUCAGUUAACUUAAAGGGAAAGUCAGCUUUGCAAUGCUUGUUGUCCUUCAUGCCAAAAGAGGUGGCGGCAUAUGACUUCACUCUUCCAGUUAAAUCUCCUCUGACUGAGUUCCCGUUGGCGCAGACAACCCGUGGAUCUGUAACUUCUGUGAAAUCUAUGCAGCACCUCCUUGGUCCUUCACCACAGAUGGUGACUGUGGCUGUUCCACUCUGCAGAGUUAAAGCAGUUGGUAGUUUUAAAUGUGCAGUUUCUGAGAGACGUGAGGAAUUUGUGAGAGAACAAGACAUAGUUGCAUAUUCGUGGAAGCAUUCCAGCAGAUUAGCACUUAAUUCACCACUGGAGUUCUCCACAAGGGAACUUAAAUUUUCACAGCAUUCAAGUGGCUUAUAUUUCAAUAUUGCUGAGGAAAGUCUGAAUUCUCAGAAUCUUGACCUGAAGAAUAUCUCAAGGCAACAGUUAACAUGGAAAAUAAAUCGCGAUGAUGCAGUCAAAAAUACAGAAGAAGAUAUUUUUAAAUUUAGUUUGCAGACUGGAUUUCUUGAUCCUGGACAAAAAAUCAGUAUUACUGUAGUCUUCUGCCCUUCUUGUCCUGGGACAUACGUAUCUGAAAUGUCACUUUGUCUAGAUGAUAAUCCAUCACAUUACAAAAUAACAUUGUCUGGCACUGUGAAGUCACCAGAAAUAUACUUUGAUCCCCCCUUUUUAAUGCUGAUGCCAGUUCCUCUGAAUGUAAAAACCGAAACAGCCAUCAGUAUCAUUCCACAAGAUUAUAUAAGGCAAUCCCGAAUUCAAGUUGAACUUCCAGAGGUUGAACUCGAAGAUGGUGAAAGGAUUUACCCUUUUUCUGUACAGUUCUCAGGACAAGAUACUGUUCUUUCUUCAGAUGGCACAAAUAAGGAACUAAUUUGUCAUAUCAGCUUUAUAUCAUCUAGGCCAGUGUCAUUUUCGGGGAAUAUCUGCUUCAUUGAUGAAGAAGAAAACAGGUUCAAAAUUCAAGUUGCUGCAACAGCAGAUAAUUGCCUUCUUACUCUAUAUCCGUAUUUUGCAAUUAACUGCUCUAGCGAACAAAUUAUCUUGAGAAGCGAAUCUGAUUCUUCUGAGAGUGAUGAAACGAUGAUGAGUGAACAGAAUAGUGAAACUGGCAGUCAGAAAGAAGAAAGAGAAAAUAAAUUUUCAUUUUUUCCCAAUGAAGAUCAAGAGGAGUACAUCUUCUUUCAGAAAACCCUAACUGCUGUUAAGAAUUGGUUUACUCUCUUUGGUUGGUCUAAGGGACAAAAUCCUAUCUCAAUACCAUAUUCACUGAGACGUGAUGUGUGCAAAGUCCAGACAACAUCUUCACGAGAUAAGGUUUUUAAAAAAAACCGUGAGAAAGAUACUAAGACUGUUUAUGACAUGCUGUUCCAUUUGAGUGGACAAGUGUUACCAGACAUUACACCGAGCCAAGCAUUGGUUCUUGAUCCAACUGAACGUAUGUUACAGCUCCACUGCCAGCACUCUAUAUUGCUUGCUUUCCUUAAAUGCCAAGGAGCUUAUCUUCCUCAUGUUAUGCCAGAAUUUCUGCUUGAACCUGAUGAUUAUAAGAAAUGGAUUAAAGUACAGCAAACUGAACUUAAGGGUCAUAUGUCUGAGUUAAAAAUAGAUGAGAAAAUCUCAGAGAUCUACAGCAAGAAGCAUCUAUUAAUUCUGAAGGACAGUGUAUUUGAGACAAUGAGCAAACGAGCUUGGACAGAUGUGCUGCUGCAGAUAUACAAGGUGUUUGUUCUUCCACAUGUUUUUUCACGUAAUAUCACUGAUCAGCUCAGCUUGGAAAAUGUGCAGAACAUGCCAAGGAUAAAAUCAGAACCAUUAUCCAGUAAUAUAUAUUCUCCAUAUGAACGAACCAUCCUCACCUGGUUGAAUAAACAUUAUGAGAAGAAUCGAAAAACUGUGUGGAAAGACUGCCAAAAAGGUGAAGUACCACCAAUGAGAUGGAUAGUAAAUUUUGACCGAGAUCUUCUAGAUAGUCUGGUAUUAGCAGCACAGCUGGCAGCUUAUUGUCCAUAUUUGAUUGCUACUCACUUUGUAAGGAUGUAUACUAAGCCAAAAACUCCUGAACAGUUUCUGCACAACUCUUUGAUACUUGUGGAUGCUAUGCGGGCUAUCAGUCUGGCUAUAGACAUAAAGGCCAGUGACAUCUGUGAUCCAAACCCAGUCAUGAUGCUUAUUCUAUGUGUCUACCUAUAUGAAAGUCUCCCUCACUACUUACCCAAGAACACUAUAGAAUUUACAGGUGCUCUCCAUGCAACUGUUAUUAAACAGGUACGUCUGAAAAACCCAAGCCGUAAAACUUUGGUGUACAACGCUAUUCUUGUUGGAAGAGAUGCCAAUGAUUUCUCAUUACCUAAAGGGAACACUAUCACCAUUGCCCCUAAGAGACAAGCAGCUAUAAAUGUGGAGUUCACUAGUCGCUUUCUACACCCUGCUGAAGCAAUGUUGCUACUGGUCUCAAAGAAUGUGGGUGGAAUAGAUGGUGCCACACUGACAUUCUCUCUGAAAUCUGAAGUCAACCAUAUUGAGCCUGCGGAUAUAUUGAAAUGCAAAUCCCCAUGUUAUGAGCUGAAGAAAGUUACCUUAAAUGUUACCAACCCCUUCAGUACUGAUGGCAUAUUCAGGGUCACUUUGCUGGAAUCCACAAGUUACUUAAUGCAGCCAGAGGAAGUAUAUCAAGCGAAGCAAGCAAAGCAAGAGCAAACUUUCAGCUCUAAAAAUAAGAUAUUACAUUUUAAAAAUGAUGUACUGCCUGAAGAUCCAAAUGAAGAGAUCACUUUAAAUUUCUCUGACCAAUCCAGCCUUCUCCGUGAGUUCUUCAGUCCAGUGGAAAAACUGUUCUUGGAAGGGGGAAGUUCUGCAGGCUUAGACAUUCACUUCCUUCCCUUUAAUCUGGAAAAACGUUACUGUAGUGUCAUUCUGGCUAAUGAACUGAUUGGAGAAUUCAUAUAUCUGAUAGAGGGAACAGGUGAUAUACCUUUGCCUUCAGGAUUGUUUCCAAUGGAUAGUCCAAAUGUUUUGCAUGUUAGCAGUACAUUAGAAGGUCAAAGUUCCGUAGAGCCAGUUUUAUAUUUGAAAUGUCGUCUUGAUCAGAUUCUUGAAGAAAAUCUGAAGGUUCCAGUGAUCAAUGACUCAAGAGAAAGGGCUCUGGCUAUUGCUGCACAACAGCAGAUGUCAACUAUUGAAUAUGAAAGAAGAAAGAUCACGGGGACUCUGCAGAGCAGUAGUGUUAGAGUUGCAACUGCGUUGUUAGGGCUGUCCAGAGUAGAGAGACAUGCACUCCUGACACCUCGUAAAUUCCCGCCAGAGCUGAAGUAUAUGGAUUACAGUGUAGAAGUAAGUACGCAAGAAUUCUUUGAGGUUCCUAAGAAGCUCUCUAUUCCAAUAUUGGGAUCUGACAGAGUUAAUUUGAAAGUUCUAUCAGCAAAAGACCUUUCAUCUCAGAAAACAGAUAGGAGUGAUACAGUUGACCUUCCUAUAAAAUUCAGUCCUCAGUAUGCUGGUUGCUACCACUGUCAGAUUCUUCUGAAGUCCUCCAGUGAUGUUCGUGUUUAUGAGAUUGAAUGUGUAGUGAAUACAGACAAUGCUGAAGCAGAGCUUGAAUUUCUAACUCCAGCUUACCAAGAAGUGAUUCAGAAUAUUCCAAUUAGUAACUUGUCCAGUCAGGAAUGGAAACUUGAAGCAAUUUUGGAAGGACAAGGGUUUUAUGGCCCUCCUCUAAUAAAUGUGGGUCUGCAUGAAACAGCUUUGUAUCCUCUCAUGUUCAAGCCUAUUGCUGAGGGUGUUAUAACGGGAAGGCUUAUUUUGAGAAAUAACACAGCUGGCACUGAAACCAUCUUUAACCUUAAGGGAAUAGGGAAGAAACCUCUGUCACAGGGUUGUGUUGUGAUGGAUUGCCAAGUGAGAAACGUCAUCCAAAAAAUUUUAUGGAUACCCAAUUAUACCAAGCACAAGUUAAUAUACAAGGUAUUUUCAGAUCUUUCAAUAGUGAGUGGUGCAUCGGUUAUUACGGUACAACCGGGUGACAAAGUUGCUUAUAUUUUGAAUGUGUCUCCGUGGAAACGAGGAGUCUUUCAAGGUGUAAUUUCAUUUGUUGCUGAAGUUGAAGACCAACAGCAGUCUGGACAUAACAGCUCACCAGAGAAGACAGAUGGUGAACAGGCCCUUCAGAAAUUGUCAGCAGAGACACCACAAACUGUUGAUGCAGCAAACAUGGGAGGAAGAUCUUUACAUUGCGAAGUGUGGUUCUCCUUAAAGAUUAACAGCAUACCUGCACCACCAGAAAGAAUGAUACAUGUGCAAUGCAGAGUUUUGGAUACUGUUGGAAUUCAUAUUCCCAUCACUAAUCCCUCAGACAAAAUUCUCAAGCUGGAUGUGAUGCUGGAGAAUCAGUUUCUUUGUGGACAAAAAUCCUUCACUCUUAGUCCCAGACAAACAUUAUUGUAUGAACUGCAGUUUUCCCCAGCCUCUGUUGGCACUUCUGAUGAAAGUGUCAUAUUCCUGUCAGACAUGAUUGAAGAGUUCUGGUAUGCACUGAAGUUGACUGUAGAGAAACCGUUGCCAACUAAUAUACCUGAAAUAAAAUGUGAGCUUGGAAAAUGUUCUCUUGUAUACAUACCUCUCUUUAAUCCUACCCAAGAAACUCUGGAGCUAGAAUUUGUUAACAGCAAUCCUAGCAAUUUUUCAAUUGAGACUGAUCCAAAACACCCUGUGAUUGUUGCUCCUCGUUCCACCACUGAAGUACCUGUGCAAUUCUGUCCGUCUGCCCUUGGAAGAGGCAAUCACAAAGCAUCAAUAACCUUCAGUUGUUCACAGCUUACAGAGUGGAUAUUCAACCUUUCGGGGACUGGUCUUCCUCCUCAGCUGAUGGAACCAACCAGUAUAAGUGCAUGUAUUGGCCAGCGUUCUUCUGUCAUGAUAUCCUUCAAAAAUCCAACUCCUGAAAACGUGGUGGUAGAUGUCACGCUGACAGAUCAAAAGCAGUCCAGUUGUUAUGUCAGUUCAUCCUCCCUAUCCAAGUCCACCAGUAAGGAAUCUGUUUUCCGUCUUCUGUUUAAACAGCCACAAGGAAUCCGAUUAGCUCCAAAACAAAAACUGAACAUCCCAGUGUUAUUCAUGCCAGAUACAAUGAAAACUUAUGAGGCGGUAGUGGUAAUACAUGUAAUGAGGGAAAAUGGUGAAAACUGGCCUUAUGAGGAUUCUGCUAAAUUAAAUAAAGACUUGCAGAGUGUUACUGUAGCAGAGAAUGGGGGAAUUAAAGGAAUACUGUGGAUCUAUCCAGUUCAUGGAUUACCAGAAGCACCACAGCAGAAAUUAGUUCCAACUGUGGUACGCUGUCGAGCCAGGCAGAGAGUAGAAAGACGAGUAGAAGUGCUGCUGACUGGUGUAAUUCCUGCUGCAAAUGCUAUGCCUGCUGCAAGAAAUUCUGCUAUGGUUCAUACAAACAAGCCAGCCAACACCCAAGAAAAUGUUCAAGUCACUGAUGGUUUCUCUACAACAGAGGAAUUUCUGUAUGAAUUGCAAUAUCAAUCAAAUGAAAUUAAAUCUCAGCUUGAAUCUUUGGUUGGUAUGCAUCUUGUUGAAAGAGAAUGGGAUACAGAAUCCAGAAUUGCAACACUGGUGUUUAAUAUAGUGUUUGCACCUAACAAACCAAUGAGGAAUGAAGCAACUCUUGUAGUACAGUACACUGCAGGAGGUAUUUGGAAGUUUCCAGUGCUGUUCAUUGCUUUGGAGCCAGAAGUGGAUGAUAUCAUCAACAUUGAAGCAGUUGGCCUGAAUAAGGAAUCUGUAGUUGGCUUUAAGCUUACAAGCCAGACAAGGUACCCAGAGCCAUUCACCGCCCACUUCCUGUCAGGCAGUGAUCCUGAGUUCCGUGUACUGCCACAAGCAGGGGAACUUCUUCCUGCAGGCACUGCAGGAACCCAUAUAACAGUAGGAUUCAAGCCAAGGAUGUACAGCAAGAAGCAUAAAGCAACACUCGUGAUCCAGGCUCAAUCAAUGCAGUGGACAUAUGAGAUCAAUGGACUGCCUCCACAGAGCAUACCACCCACAAGUCCAGCAAAAGUCAUUUCUACUGGAGGUUACAUAAGAUCAGCCACAGUUCGACAACGCAAUUUUUUACAUGAAAAUCUGAAACUUACAACCACUGCAGUAUCCUCACCAAUUAAGGGGUCACCUUUGGUCCUGAGAAAAAAAUAA